CAUUUUCUCUCCAUGGUUACUUGGAUAUUUUACAGCAGGUAAUCAAUUAGAGUGACUUGCUGAGACUUACUAUUGGGCGAAUAAUUCCCAUAAUACGGUUAUUCAGAUAAUUUCUGGGCAGAUUUCAAUAAGGUUGUUAAAUAUAAAAACAGAUCUGAUUGCAGGACAAUAGGAUUUCACACCCCUGCUUAAUAAAUACCUAAAGCAUUUUUCAACUGUAUCUUCUCCAGGAUGGGUUAAUUUGUGUCUGUGAGAAAUUAUAUGCUAGUGGAUCCUACUUGUGCUGCCCUUGCUGCAGAGGAUACACCUUUUAUAUUAUCUUGCAAGCCAGCAUAAUGAACCACUUCUCCUGUGCUAGAGAGCUGAAAGUGAUGUAAGAGCUCAUGAUUGAGGCUGUGUGCUGAUCAUCCAGAGAGAGAGAGAGAGAGGGAGAGCAGCAGAUGGGCAGGGUCCACAGCACUGCAUAAGCACCAGGGCUGGCUAUACACACACAGAGAGACUGAUAGUCAUAUUGUACACAGCAGAGAAACAUGGACAGAGUCACGCACUCAUAUACACAUAUUUACACAUAGAUUUACUCUUACACAUCUAAAUUCACACACACACAUACAAAGACACUUAAACUGAAUACAGAAAUAACAUUCUGAAAAACCAUAUAAGCCACCGAGCAUGCCUUACCAAAAACUUAAGAUUAUACACAUCGAAAUUGAAACACGCACAUGAACACACUCUCACAGACUAAUAAAGCAGAGAUACACUUGUAGAACCUCAAAGAUGCCUAUACAUAAAAUACAAAAGAAAACUGACUGAACACAUAGCCUAAACAAUCACAAAGCAAUCGCACAUAUUUUACACACACACUGCAGCAUUUGCCUCCUUCCUGCCCUUUAAGUCUUUUCACUCCAGAGGGCUUGAUCCCUUUCCUCCUUCCUGCUCAGCUGACUGCUCAGCGCUCUUCUUGGAUUGAGUCUCUGGCAGGAACAGCCCUGUCCAUGCCGGAGUCUUCCUUGCCACUGCCGCUGGUAGCCACUGUCCCAGCGUCGGAGAUGUCUGCUGACGAUGACACUCAGAACACUGAAGCAGCGGACGUGUGGCCUGAGCUGGAGAAGGCAGAGAAGCUGGCCCGGGGAGCAGCGCUGAAAUGGGCCUCUGGGGUUUUCUACCGACCGGACCAGCUGGAGAGACUGGGCCAGUACCGGAAGCGCGAGAGCCAACGCACUUCCUCCGUGCAGUCCCGGCUGAAGUCCGCAGUGCAGUCCUACUUGGAGGGGGUGGGUUCAGGGCUGGAGCAGCUCCGCUCGGCUCUGGCUGAAAUCCGGGAGGUGUCCUGCACUCUGGGAGAGGUGCGCAGUGAGUGGAGCGGUAAAGCCAGUGGAUUCCAGUCCCUGGAGCAUCUUCGGGAAAUUGCCUCGGAACAUGAGCGACUGGCAGCAGCAUUCAACAACCUGCCACACCUCUGCUCUGUGCCAGUAGCAGUCAUAGAGACACGGCGCCUGAUCGAGUCCAGGCGGCUGUUGGAAGCUCAUGCCCGUCUGAUGGAGCUUGAGUGCUGGCAGGAUGACAUCCACAGGCAGCUCCAGCGAACCAGCAGUCCCAGCUCGGAAGGGGCCAGUCUGGUUUUCGAUUACUUUGCUGGAGUGCGCCAGCUGGGGGAAGCCUUAGCGAAGGAGCUCUGGGACGUGAUUCGCUGCGGACUUGUACUUGUGCGGCAGGACCCUACCCCCUUUGUCUCAGCAGUGCGCAUCAUCGAGCGCGAGGAAAGGAUCGACUGUACCCUCCUCGACACCCACGAUGCCAACCCUCACUUAAUGCCUCCCGGGAGGCCCAAGAAAUGGAGGACCAAGUUCUUCCGGGUCAUUGAGGAGGCUAUUGCUGUCCGCUUUCGGGCCACCUAUCUGGACAUCAGAGGCCCUGGGCUAGCGAACCACCUGGUCGCCCUGCAGAACAGCAUCAUGAACGACCUCACCAUUGUCAAGCACUUGCUGGAGCAGUGUUGCCCGCCCCACUACCACAUUUCUCGAGCCUACAUGCUCAUGUGUCACAAGUGCCUCUCUGCUUACCUGCAGCAGGUGAUCAGCUGGAACCUGGAGAACAGCGAGAUCUUCACUGUUCUCAAAUGGGUCUUGCAUGUCUACCACAGCCCUGAAAUGAUGGGCCACCCUGAUCUUUGUUCUGAGGUGGACCUUGAGGAAUUGGGGCCACUUAUAUCCCAGGAUGCACUGGAACAGAUGCAGAAUAAAUAUGUCAACACUGUCCGGGCCAGCGUGUCCGAGUGGAUGCAGAAAGCACUGGAGGUGGAACUUUUAGACUGGCAGAGGGAUCAGGAGCCAGACGUUGACCAUGAAGGCUUCUACCAGACCAGCCUGCCCACCAUCAUCAUACAGAUGCUGGAGGAGAAUGCGCGUGUUGCCUUGGUGAUCAGUGAGCCGCUGCGAGACCAGAUGAUUGUCAUGGGCCUCUAUGAGUUGGAGACCUUUCUUACCAGGCUUCGUGAAGCUCUGGUGGACUAUGGGAAGGAGUGGCGGAAGGACCAUACAAACCCCAAGUAUUACCUGCACUACCUGCUGGCUGCAAUCAACAGCUGCAUCUCCUUGAGGGGUGCCAUUGAGAGUCUGCAGCAGCAGCAGAGCACUGCCCCACAGUACCGUGUCAACAGAGCCCCUCCCUGUCCACAGGUAGUGCUAGAGAGGACAACCAAGAGAGCCUGCAGACUGGUCAUUGAUGAGCUGCUCUUUGAGGUUCAGCCACAGUUCCUGCACUUACUGUCUCGCUCCUGGCUGUCAGACUGCGAAGGGAUUGACAGGAUCUGCAACUCCGUGGACCAGCAUUGCAGCCACUACAGGCGUGUCCGGGAGCCCUACUUCCAGUUCCUGGUGGUGGAGAGCCAGUGGGCGCUGGUGGUGGAGUAUGUGCGCACCCUCAUGCAGAAACCAAUGGUCUGCCGCAACUCAGAGGAGAGGAGCCAUCUCUCAGACAGGAUGGCCCAGGAUGCACUGCAGCUUGGGGACCUGUUUCACAGGAUGAGCAGCAGACAAGAUGAUGACCACUGUACCUGCAGUCAGGAGCCACAGAGCUGUGAAAUGCUGACUGGGGUGCUGUCUGCGCUGGCUGAGAUUAUCCGGAUCAAUGACACCUCCAUGCUGAGUCUGGAAGUGUCUGGACUCGUCACCAAGUACCCUGACAUCAGCGAGGAGCAUGUGUUGGUCCUGCUGGACGUGAGAGGGGACGUCCCGAGAGAGGUGCGUGGGACAGUGCUAGACAUGCUGGAGCAGAGCGCCCACCCACUUCCCAAAGGGUAUCGCCCCAUCUUCAACGACAUCCUUGUCCCCACUCCCAGCAUGCCAUUCUGCCUGCCGACUGUUAAGUGUGCCUGAGACAAAGGAUAGCAAGCACGGGGGGGUGGAGAGGGAGCGAGAAAAUGAAAAACAUAAUACCCACGAUGUGGUGCCAGUUUACAUUCAAGACAUCAAGUUAUGAAACAUAUAUACAGAGGGAGGGGGUGCUGCAGGAUAGCAAGUGAUAGUGGGCCAGAUUCUCAGAGCUAUUUACUUCAAAUCGUCAUUAGCAUUUUAUUUUAAUGUAAAUUGUAUUUUUUUUACUUUUAAACAACAAUUGUGUGAAUAAUAAUGGGAAUAAAUAGCUUUGAGAAUCCAGCCCAUUGUAGUGAGGUUAGAAGUUAAAUUAAUGGAUAGUUGUUGGUCCUACUGACCAUAAGAAAUAUGCAAUGUGAAAGCCUGACCAAGCCCUGAAGUCUUCAUGCCCCCUCUCUGCACAUGCUCCUGACUCACUUUCACAAAGUAUCUACGGUAGUUUUUUUCCAGAGAAAUGGCCCCGCUGUUCAGUGGAAUCAGCGUUAUUUAUUUUAAUUCGUGUGACAUGAAUCGGCAACCCUGAAUGUAUUUGAAUUAAUUGAAUAUUUCAUGCUGUAUAUCAUUUAUUAUUAUAUAAAUAAUAAAAGCUUAAAAAAAGAAGUAUACUUCAUGUGUGGAUAUUUUCUUUAUACUACAGUAUUUGAGA